AUGCGCUUUAAAAGUUUCCUUGUUGCCUCUGCUCUCGCCAGCCUUGCGGUCGCCACCCCCGUACCCACCGACCAACCGGCGGGGCAAUGUAACAACAAUGACUCCGUUAACUGCUGCAACGAGGUCACUUCCCUGAAGGACAACCCUGAAGUUGGUGGUUUGCUGGGUCUGCUGGGGAUUGUCCUACACGAUGUCACCACGCUCAUCGGUCUUGGUUGCUCACCUAUUACGAUCGUCGGUGGAAAUGGUGUAUGCUCUUCUCAAACUGUGUGUUGUGAGAACAAUGCUCUCGGUGGUCUCAUCUCCAUCGGCUGCAUUGUCAUUGUCCUGUAG